GGCGGCGGUGGCGGGCGAGCGGCUGCAGCUGCCGCCGGCGUCUCAGGGGCUGCUGGCUGCAGGCGGACGCCGCGCCAGGCUAUCCCGAAGCCCAGCUGCGCCAGGCCUCCUGGCCCCGGCCCCCAAAGGGCGUCGCCGCUUCUCGUCGCCUUGACGCCUAGCCCAACGCCACCGUGCAGGAUUGACGGCGCCCCUCAAGUUGCUAGCGCACUGUGCGCCCGGGGAGAAACUUUCCCCCGCGUCCGGGCCUCUGCCAGCCAGCAUCAGGAGACUCCAAGGGGAUCUCCGUUUCUCCUCAGAGAGGAAGAGGACAGCUGGAAGAGCAGCAGCGAUGAGCAGACCUGGCCGCUACCAUUUAAUAAUGAUGCAAAUCAGAGCUGAGAAUCACAGCUCGAGAAGGGCUUCAACUGCAGACCGAGUGGGGGAGGAAGGGCCCUGUCAGCAUCAGAGAGGGCAAGUGGCCAGCCUAAGGUCACACAGCAAGCAGCAGUAGAAACAGACCUCAUCUACAGGUAGACAGCUGCUGGACAGCCUGCAUUCUGCAGAAGCCGGCCCUCCCGAUACUGCAGGUGAAGCCCUUGGUGUGCAAUCUAAACACAGACACAGGCUUUCCAGCUCGGCUGACCAGGUGGAGCACCAUGGAAGGUGACUGUCUGAGCUGCAUGAAGUAUCUGAUGUUUGUUUUCAAUUUCUUCAUAUUUCUGGGAGGAGCCUGCCUGCUGGGCGUAGGCAUCUGGGUCCUCGUGGAUCCGACUGGCUUCCGGGAGAUUGUGGCUACCAACCCCCUGCUGACCACGGCUGCCUACAUCGUCCUGGCCAUGGGAGGCCUGCUGUUUCUUCUGGGCUUCCUGGGCUGCUGUGGUGCUGUCCGAGAGAACAGGUGUCUGCUGCUGUUUUUUUUCAUCUUUAUCCUGGUCAUCUUCCUGGUAGAGCUCUCCGCAGCCAUCCUGGCCUUCAUCUUCAGGGAACACCUCACCCGUGAGUUCUUCACCAGGGAGCUCACCAAGCACUACCAGGGCAACAAUGACACGGACGUGUUCUCUGCCACCUGGAAUUCGGUCAUGAUCACAUUUGGCUGCUGUGGGGUCAAUGGGCCCGAAGAUUUCAAGACAGCCUCUGUGUUUCGGCUGCUGACACUGGAGAGUGAGGAGGUGCCCAUGGCCUGCUGCCGGAGGGAACCCCAGACUCGUGAUGGGGUACUGCUGAGCAGGGAGGAGUGCCAGCUGGGGAGAAGUCCAUUCAUAAACAAACAGGGCUGUUACACGGUGAUUCUCAAUACCUUCGAAACCUACGUCUACCUGGCUGGUGCCUUUGCCAUUGGGGUGCUGGCUAUUGAGCUUUUCCUUAUGAUCUUUGCCAUGUGUCUCUUCCGGGGCAUCCAGUAGGCCUUGGUCUGAAGAUAUGCAGCCUGCCACUGCCCAGUAGCCAGCCCCUCCCCUCCCUGUCCUCUGGCCCCAGGGGAGGAGGCAAGGCCAGCCUGGAAGGCCAGGAACACAGAGCUAAUUAAAACAAAAACAAAAACAAAGACAGCUGUGAACUGAAGAGGCCUCGCCUUGGCUCCAAGGCAAGAGCCUUGAACUAGUCAAGGACCUAAGGCUGGCCUGGGACCAGCUAAGACCAAAGGAUUUUCAGCCUCAGAGCCCCUGGGCCCUGUCAGACUGGACUGUCCCCUGGUCUGGGUCCCCUCUCUUAGCAUUUCCAGGAUCUGAGCAACCAGAAGACAGGGCCCUGGAGGAUGAGCCAGACUUUUCAGAAGGCCAGAAUCUGCAGAACCACCUGCUGGACGGUGAAGCUGUCCCUGCUCCUGCUGGCUGAGGGUGGCUGUGUGUGGCACUGGAUCUGAUUUCCUCAUCUCUCGGAUCAAAGCCUCUCCGAGGACCACAGAAGGGCAGUGACCUGCCCACAGUCACACAGCCUGUGCAUGACAAGAUCACCCCAAGGUUGCUGUUACUCCAGCCAGGACUCCAUCAGAUCUGCCUCAACAUCCCAAUGUAGACUGGCCAGCAACUGCCCACACCACGUUCUACAGCUGAGAAAAGUCCAUACUGUGUCCAAUCUGCCCUGCUUGUUCCUUUA